GAGCUGGACUGGGAGCAGUCUGCUAUCACAAGCUUGAAAGUCAGCCUGUUUCUGUUCCCUACAAGCCGAGCUGCACCCAUUAACAAGGCACCAACGGGGUUCCGUUUGCAGUAUUGGAAAGCAGGAUUCUUCCAAGUUGGGUCACAACAAACACAACUAACAGUUGGGAAAACUGAGUGAAUUUAGUGUCACUAUGUUUAAUCUAAAGAAGAAGGAGAAGGAGAAGAAGGAUAAAAAGGAGAGGAUGUCUGCAGCAGAGCUGCGCAGUCUGGAGGAGAUGAGCAUGCGCCGUGGUUUCUUCAACCUAAAGAGGGAGGCGAAGCGGGAAUCCAGGAACAAACUUGAGAUCUCCAAUCCCAUUCCCAUCAAAGUGGCCAGCAGCAAUGAGCUCCCCCUCACUGACAUUGAAUCCGAUGGCUUGAGUAACCGAAGCAGCAUGAUCCUAGAUGACCAGCUGAGCACUGCCAGCUCUACUGAUGACCUGAAAGGUGAGGGUGGAGGAGGACAGGAUGGACAGCGCAGCUCAGUGCGCGAUCGUGUUGCUCACUUUGGUUCACUUGCCAAGCAGAACUCCUCACAGAUGAUGAAACGCUUUUCAUUUUCCCAGAAAAGCAAAGAGGAGAGCCCUUCAGAGGGAUCCACCCCUUCAGGCCAGAAUUCUGCUGCCCCGUCCCCGCAGGUGGAGAGCAAAGUUUUCAGCAUGCUCCAGAAGCACAGCCUCAAGCAGCAGCCGGAAGCACAAACCACCAAAAAAGUCUGCAUUCCCGAAGUCGUCGAUAAGAUCUUCCCUGCACAACUGCAGCUGCCAGCUGUAGUCGCUCCAAAUGCUCCCGAAAUCCGUGAACUGGAACUCCAGCGCCGUAACACUGGUGACUUUGGAUUUUCUUUGCGUCGCACUACAAUGCUAGACCGUAGCCCUGACGGUGGAGUGUACAGACGUGUGGUUCACUUUGCUGAGCCUGGUGCUGGCACCAAGGAUCUCGCACUGGGCCUGGUGCCAGGCGACAGGCUGGUGGAGAUAAAUGGACGGAAUGUGGAGAAUAAGAGUCGGGAUGAGAUAGUUGAGAUGAUCCGUCAGUCAGGAGACACGGUGAGGCUGAAGGUGCAGCCAAUCCCGGAGCUGAGUGAACUGAGCCGCUUCUGGCUGAGGAAUACCGAGGGGCUGCGCCGGGAGGCCAGACUUGUAAAGACUGAGGAACAGAUUGCAGCUGAGCAGGCCUGGUAUGGAUCAGAGAAAGUAUGGCUUGUCCACAAAGAUGGCUUCUCCCUGGCCACGGUGGUAAAGACAGAAGCUGGAGCUCUGCCAGAGGGCAAGGUGAGAAUCAAACUGGAGCACGACAGGACUGUACUGGAUGUGGAUGAAGACGACAUCGAAAAGGCCAACCCUCCAUCAUACGACCGAUCAGAAGACCUGGCUUCACUGCUUUAUUUGAAUGAAUCCAGUGUGAUGCACUGUCUGAGGCAACGCUACGGAGGGAACCUCAUCCAUACCUAUGCCGGACCCAACAUGGUGGUCAUCAACCCUCUCAGCAUGCCCUCCAUGUACUCAGAGAAGGUGAUGCACAUGUUCAAAGGCUGCCGGCGUGAGGAUUCAGCUCCUCAUAUCUACUCUGUGGCCCAGUCAGCCUACCGCAACCUGCUCACCACCCGGCAGGAUCAGUCCAUCGUGCUACUGGGCAAGUCUGGCAGCGGCAAAACCACCAACUGCCAGCACCUCGUCCAGUACCUCGUCUCCAUCGCCGGCAGCACAGGAAAAAUCUUCUCUGCUGAGAAGUGGCAGGCGGUCUACACCAUACUGGAGGCGUUUGGGAACAGCUCGACCACCAUGAACACCAAUGCCAGCCGCUUCUCCCAUGUUGUCUCCCUAGACUUUGACCAGGCUGGGCAGGUGGCCUCUGCCUCCAUCCAGACGAUGUUGCUGGAGAAACUGAGAGUGAGCAGACGACCUGAGGGGGAAUCCACGUUCAACGUCUUUUACUACAUGAUGGCUGGAGCCGACAGCAGUCUCAGGACGGAGCUGCACUUUAACCACUUGGCGGAGAACAGUGCUUUUGGGAUCCUACCACAGUCUAAGCCUGAAGACAAGCAGCGAGCCUCGCAGCAGUUCACUAAGCUGCAGGCAGCCAUGAAGGUGCUGGGCAUCUCAGGUGAAGAGCAGAAGGCCCUUUGGCUUAUCCUCGGUGCCAUUUACCACUUGGGGGCUGCAGGGGCCACUAAAGACGGAGAUGAAGUGGGACGUCGGCAGUUUGCUCGUCACGAAUGGGCUCAGAAAGCGGCCUACCUGUUGGGCUGCAACUUGGAGGAACUGUCUUCAUCUAUUUUUAAGCAUCAGGCCAAAGGACUGCAGCACUCCACCUCAUUCAGAGGAGGACCAGAUGAGGCUGGCCAAAGUGAUGGCUUAGGCCCUAAAGUCACAGCUUUGGAGUGUUUGGAGGCCAUGGCUUCAGGACUGUACUCGGAGCUCUUCACGCUUGUCAUCUCCCUCAUUAACAGGGCCCUUAAGUCUAGUCAGCACUCGCUGUGCUCCCUGCUGAUCGUUGACACUCCGGGUUUCCAGAACCCUCGGCUGGCUCAGCAGCAGAGGGGAGCCACUUUUGAAGAACUCUGCCACAACUACACCCAGGAGAGGCUGCAGACUCUGUUUCAUGAACGCACCUUUGUCAAGGAGCUGGAGAGAUACAAGGAGGAAAACAUAGAGCUUGCUUUAGAUGACAUAGAGUCCAGCACCUCAUUGUCUGUAGCAGCUAUUGAUCAAGCCUCAACCCAAGCUCUGGUUCGUACUCUGGCCAGGACGGAUGAAGCUCGAGGCCUUUUGUGGCUCAUGGAGGAGGAGGCUGUUCAGCCAGGAGGUUCAGAGGAAACCAUGCUGGAGAGACUCUUCAGCUACUAUGGCUCUGCACAGGGAGAAGACAAAGGAGCUAGUCUGCUUCUGCGAGGAGAAAAGCCCCACCUCUUCCUGCUGGGCCACAGCCAUGGGACUAACUGGGUGGAGUACAACACUCAGGGCUGGUUGAACCAUGCCAAGCACAACCCUGCUGCCCAGAAUGCUGCCACCCUGCUGCAAGACUCCCAGAAGAAGAACAUCAGCGCGCUGUUUAUGGGCCGGGCCAGCGGGGCCACAGUGUUGUCAGGCUCCAUUGCCGGUCUGGAGGGCAGCUCCCAGCUCGCCCUGCGGCGAGCCACCAGCAUGAGGAAAACCUUCACUACAGGUGUGGCUGCUGUCAAGAAGAAGAGUCUGUGUAUCCAAGUCAAACUCCAAGUGGAUGCUCUGAUUGACAUGGUGCGUCGUUCCAAGGUUCACUUCGUCCAUUGCCUUCUGCCCAAAGUAGAGGCAGUGGGAGGAGGUGAUCACCGUAUGACACAUGGGGAGAGCCCUGACUCAGGACUUAUGACUUUGGAUGUGAGCCUCCUGAGAGCUCAGCUCCGAGGAUCCAAGCUGCUAGAUGCUUUGCGCAUCUACAGGCAAGGAUACCCAGACCACAUGGUUUUUUCUGAGUUCCGCAGGCGCUUUGAUGUUCUGGCACCUCAUCUAACCAAGAAGCAUGGCCGGCACUACAUUGUCACAGAUGAGAAGAGGGCAGUGGAUGAGUUACUGGAGGCUUUGGAGCUGGAGAAGAGUAGCUACCACAUGGGGCUGAGCAGGGUGUUCUUCAGAGCGGGAAUUCUGUCCAGGCUGGAGGAGCAGCGAGACAUCCAGACUAGGAGGAACCUCUCUCUGUUCCAGGCUGCCUGCAGGGGAUACCUAGCCAGACAGGCAUUCAAGAAAAGGAAGAUCCAGGAUCUGGCAAUCCGCUGCAUCCAGAAGAACAUAAAGAAGAAUCGUGGCGUCAAAGACUGGCCGUGGUGGAAGCUGUUCACCACUGUCAGACCUCUGAUAGAGAUGCAGCUCACUGAGGAGCAGAUCCGCGGCAAGGACGAAGAGAUCCAGCAACUAAAGCAGAAGCUGGAGAAGGUGGAGAAAGAGAGGAACGAGCUGAGACUCAACAGUGACCGUCUUGAGAGCCGGAUCACAGAGCUGUCAGCUGAGCUGGCUGAUGAGCGGAACACCGGGGAAUCGGCCUCCCAGCUGCUGGAGACAGAAACGUCUGAGAGACUCCGUCUGGAGAAGGACAUGAAGGACCUGCAGGCUAAGUUUGACAGCAUGAAGAAAGAGAUGGAGUCGAUGGAGAUGGAGGUGAUGGAGGCCCGACUCAUCCGGGCGUCUGAACUCAGUGGAGAGGUGGAUGCUGAUGACACAGGAGGAGAGUGGAGGCUGAAGUAUGAGCGAGCCAUCAGGGAGAUUGAAUUCACCAAGAAGAGACUGCAGCAGGAGUUUGAUGACAAAGUGGAACUGGAGCAGCAGAAUAAGCGGCAGCUGGAGAGGAGGAUCAGCGACCUGGAGGCUGAUUAUGAGGAGUCUCAGCGAAACAUCCAGCAGCUGAAGAAGAAAACCCAGCGACUGACAGCCGAGCUGCAGGACACCAAACUUCACUUGGAGGGCCAACAGAGCCGCAAUCAUGAUCUAGAGAAGAAGCAGAGGAAGUUUGACAGUGAGCUGAGUGCAGCCCAGGAUGAAGUGCAGAGGGAGAGAAGCCUGAGGGAAAAACUGGCUCGGGAGAAAGACAUGCUGACUGGAGAGGUCUUUGGCCUCCGGCAGCAGCUGGAGGACAAGGACCUGGAAGUUUGUGCAGUCAACCUGAAGCUGGAGCAGCAGGAGGCUGAGCUGCAGGAUCUCAACUCCCAAGAAUCAAAGGAUGAGGCAUCGCUGGCCAAGGUGAAGAAGCAGCUUCGUGAUCUGGAGGCCAAGGUGAAAGACCAGGAGGAGGAGCUUGAUGAGCAGGCUGGCACCAUUCAGAUGUUGGAGCAGGCUAAGCUACGUCUCGAGAUGGAGAUGGAGCGCUUGCGUCAAACCCAUUCCAAGGAGAUUGAGAGCAAAGAUGACGAAGUGGAGGAAAUCAGACAGUCGUGUAGCAAAAAGCUAAAGCAAAUGGAAGUCCAGCUUGAAGAGGAGUAUGAUGAGAAGCAGAAGGUGCUUAAAGAGAAGAGAGAGCUGGAGUCGAAGCUUCUGUCUGCACAGGAUCAGGUGAGAGGUGGUGACAUGGACACUGAGAAGCGCUUGAGGAAGGACUUGAAGAGAACCAAGGCUUUGUUGGCGGAUGCUCAGAUCAUGUUGGACCACAUAAAGAAUAAUGCACCCAGCAAGAGGGAGAUUGCCCAGCUCAAGAACCAGCUGGAGGAGUCUGAGUUCACCUGCGCGGCUGCAGUUAAAGCUCGAAAGUCCAUGGAGGUGGAGAUUGAAGACCUGCAUGUCCAGAUGGAGGACAUCUCCAAAACAAAACAGGCGCUGGAGGAGCAGCUGAGUCGUCUGCAGAGGGAGAAGAAUGACCUGCAGUCAAGGAUGGAGGAGGACCAGGAGGACCUCAAUGAGCUGAUGAAGAAACACAAGGCUGCUGUUGCCCAGUCUGCUCAGAACCUGGCUCAGAUCAGUGACCUUCAAGCCCAGUUUGAGGAGGCCCUCAAGGAGAAGCAGGAGGUUCAGGAGAAGAUGCAAGCCCUCCAGAGCCAGCUGGAGUUUCAGGAGCAGUCCAUGGUGGAUAAAUCCCUCGUCAGCCGGCAGGAAGCUAAGAACCGUGAGUUGGAGACCAAGCUGGAGUUUGAGAAGACCCAAGUCAAACGCCUGGAGAGCCUUGUAGCUCGUCUUAAGGAGAAUUUGGAGAAGCUGACAGAGGAACGAGAUCAGCGCAGCAGCAGUGAGAUUCGAGAGAGGGAACAGAACAAACGUCUCCAGAGACAGAUCCGCGACAUCAAAGAAGAAAUGGCUGAGCUGGCUAAAAAAGAAGCAGAGGCCAGCCGCAAGAAGCACGAGUUGGAAAUGGACAUUGAGAGCUUGGAGGCUGCAAAUCAGAGCCUGCAGGCAGACCUCAAGUUGGCCUUUAAAAGGAUUGGUGACCUCCAGGCAGCCAUUGAGGAUGAGAUGGAGAGUGAUGACAACGAAGACCUCAUCAACAGUUUGCAAGACAUGGUGACAAAGUAUCAGAAACGAAAGAACAGAACUCAAGAGGAUUCAAACACAGAUUCUGAGGUGGAGGAUCGCGUGGAUGGGGUGAAGUCAUGGUUGUCCAAGAGCAAAGGCUCCACCAAAAAUCUCUCGGAUGACGGCAGCCUCAAAAGCUCCAGCCCCCCUAGCCAAAGACGCUACCUCUUCGAUAGAUCUGAUGAAGAGGAGGAGGAAGAAGACAAAGAAGGCGGCGGGGCAUCCCUGGGCUCAUACCAUCCUCACCACAGAUACAGCACACAUAUGAAAGACCAGGACGCCGAGGACAAGCCUUACGAGACCGCGUCAUAGUCCUCCCUGCAGCCUCCAUACUCACACCAUCAUUGAGCUGUGACAUUUUGUCUUGCAUGCAAAGAUGAGCACAGUUGUGAUGAUAUGGACACAACCACACACCCAAACACUCCCACCCCUGAACACAGACACUUAAAGUCAGUGCUUCCUGUGGCAGACGCUCACAGGAUUUGACCGUAAUUCAACAGACAGCAUGGUCUUUUUGACAAUGUACUUAACAGUCUGACCUCAUUGCACAAACAGCAGCUCCAUUAUUAACGUCUUGACUGUGCUGGUUGCAUGCAAGCAGCAGUCGCUUGGCUUGAGCAGCCGUCUGAUAUAAAACUCAUCAUGGCUGCAGCUGAGCCGGAGAACUUGAGCUUGCAAUAAUAAUGGAUCCUUUCACUCUCUUUGUCUUUCUUCCGGAUUUACAUCUAAUGCACCAUAGUAAUAUAUAUUGCCAUACUACAGUGUAUUGCCAAAAAGCCUUUGUUUCAAGUAUGUGUGCAUACUGCUUGUCUUGUUACCAGUUAAUUGUAAAUUCUGAGUCUUUUUUCCUUCCUUCCUGUUCGGGAGAAGUGCCAUUUGAUUUAAGUGGGCUCCUCUACAGCUGGCUUCCUGCAGCUGGGGCACUUCAUGAACUGCUGCAUGGUACACUUAAGACGCUCUCAUUAUCAUCUGCUUGCUUUUUGUUUGCCUGAAAAGUUUUUUUAUUUUUUUUUUCCUCUGCCUUUUGCUGGCAAAUUAGUUCUUCCUUCCAGGAGAACUAUGUCACUUAACUGCUUUACUUUGAAAGCCAAACAUUUUUCUCAGUUUCACUCUUUUGUUUCUGAUGUACAACAGAUAUGUUCUGCAGAGAAUUACUGUCAAGUAGAUUCAUUUAGUUUCACCUUACCUCUGUGAAAUGCCUUGAGUUAUUUUGAUUUUGAUUUGAUUUGACAAAGUAGCAGACACUGUGGCUUCGUCCCCGUGUGUCGUGCUCACAUGCUGUUUGUUUCUGUUUUGAGUUUGAUUUGUUUUCCUUUUCUAAACAGACUUUGGACAACAUUUGGGUUCUCAGAAAAACCACUAAAAACGAUCCUCAGCCAGCAUGUUAAAGAAAAAAAAGCUGGUGUUAUGACUUUUUUCUGAUCAACAAAUCACAUGGAAAGAUCAAAACUGACAAUGUGUUUUCUUUUUUUUUGUUCUUGACCUUUGGAGCAACAGAAGUGUAAAGGUCCACUUAAGUUUAAGGCUCUUCUUUUUUGCUUGAAUGGCGGCUGAUCCGUAGAAUAUGUAUAAACACUUAUUUUGGCUUCAUUCUUGUACAGUGAGAUGAAGCAUUGACACAUUAUAACAAUCGUUAUAGACAGUCUGUUGGGUGGCAUCAAAGCUCUGAAACUUCCUACUGAAAACAUAAAUGUUAAAAAAAAAAAAAAAAAAAGCUUUAAAAUGUAUCUUUUUCCUUUUAGAGCCAAAUUUUGUUGUAGUUUUAUUUUAUUCUUUAGCCACCUCCCUGAAAGGUCAGCUGUGUGACAUUUGCUUCUAUCCAAACACUCGUUGAGAUCCACAUUUUUUGUAUAAUAUUUAAAAGUAGGUGUAGUUCUCCGUCUUUGUUGGUUUGUGUUUAACACAAAGCUGACCACAAACAGGCAAGAGGCUGUUUCACAGACUGCAGUAAAAACCUCAGGGACAUAUUCUGAAUGCACAGUCCUAAUACUACUACAAACUGAAUAUUGACUAAUGCCGGAUCUCUUAAUUGGAAUAGGACAUAUUCAUUUGAAUAAGGCUAGGUUAAAAUAUCCAAAUGAACUUUGCAUUUUAUGACUCCUAUCAAAUUAGGAAUGUGGUCUUAUUAAGACAAAUAGUUGAUUACCAGUGAACAUGUAAACAUCCUUUUUGAUUUCCCACAGAUUUAUCAGUUUUGCUAAUUGGAUGAGCAUAAAUGGCAUGAAUUCAUGCAGCGCAGUAAUUCCACAGAGGUAAAUCAAUCUGGAUUUGGCUUCAUGUCUUUCCAUGAGUUUUAAUUAUGAGAAUGUAAAAUAUCACUAGUUUUUCUUUAAAGCCUCAUUUUAACUGUAAUGUCUUUAACUGGAAACAUUACAUACUGCAUAACCAGUACUGUGAAAUCAUAUUCAGUGUCUUUGCAGCCUGCUUUGUUUUCAGUUUUUUUUUUUUUUUUUUUUAACACAUUGAUGCCUGAACAGCACAAAAGGAGGAACCUGUUAACUGAAGUGUUAAUUCACAGCCUUUGGUCGUGUGUCUGUAUUUACAGGGAGGCAUUAGAAAUGUUUGGAAGCAGUUUAAAGUCCAACAAAAGCUUGACACAGCAGAAGCUGUAAGAAUCGGUGGAUAUUCUUCAUGAGGGGAUUCAGGUGUGGUUCUACUACAUGUGCUUUUUAUAAACUCUUCAAUUUUCUUCUCUUUGCAGUCUGCACAAGUGUGGAAAUGUGUUAUUUGACCUGUUGACCUGAUAAAGUGUCUGGCUUGAACACACACAAAGAACAAAGAUUGACCUAAUGCCGACUGCACACACACAGAGUAUUUAUAUAUAAAUAUGUGUAUGAUUCAUGCUAGCUUUGAAAAUAUUCCCUGUUUAUUUUCAUUACUAUACAAAUUGACCACUUGUUACAAAUUUUGCAUUACAGUUUAAUAUAUUGUAAAUAAAUGAUGGUGAUUGUUUUAGAAUGGCUUCGAGAAUGCCUGAUUUGAAGUGUUUUGCCGUCGUGGCAUUAUCUGAUCCAUUCAACUGUUGUGAGAAUUGUCAACAGCAGCACAGAUGCUGAGA